AUGGUUUAUAUUCCGCCUUUGAAACCGCUUGGUUCUAUUUUGACCAUCGACAAGAGCGAUGGCCGUUACGUUGCUCGUAUCAACGAGGAGGUUGUGCUUGCUGAUGGCGCCAGGAUCCGUCUGAACGUCUUUUUGCCAGUUACUGGGGGCCCAAAAUGGCCAGUUCUCCUGACCUCUACGCCAUAUGGCAAGGACGUAAACUAUCAUCGUGCAAAGGUGUAUGAACACGGCUCGAUCACAGUCACAGGGGAGCAUGUUUGUGAGCACAUUGCCUUCGAGGCUCCCUCUCCGUCGUACUGGUGCCCCAGGGGUUAUGUUGUGGUCAUUUGGGACCAUCGCGGCACUGGCCAAUCGCCAGGCUAUCUCGAGAUCUGGAAUUCAGAGCAUUUUGACGAUCAUGCCCAGGUGGUCGAAUGGGCUGCCGACCAGCCAUGGUCUACUGGAAAGGUUGGUCUCUCAGGCAUCUCUUACCUUGGUUCCAAUCAGUGGCCAACGGCAGCACGUCGACCUCGCGGUCUGGCUGCCAUCUGUCCAUGGGAAGGAUUUGGAGAAUUCUAUCGCGAAACCACGAGACGCGGCGGCAUUGCUUCCAGUUUCUUCCGCACUUGGUAUCCGGCGCAGGUCAUCCCUAUUCAGUAUGGUAGCCGAAACAGGGAGCAAAACACGUUUGGUCCGACAGCGCCAGAAGGUGAAUUGACGGAGGAACAACUCCGUGAGAACCGUGAAGACGUCCUGGCGAUUGUUUCCGAUUCCGCGAAUGAGUUUAUGGAUGAUGAAUAUUACCAAGGCCGCAUGGUCCAUGAGGAUUACUCCAAAAUUGAGGUGCCGCUCCUCAGCGCUGGAAAUUGGGGCGGCCUCAACCUCCACCUUCGGGGUAAUGUGAUCAGUUACUUGCGCGCAGGGUCCAAACUCAAGUUCCUACGAAUUCAUACUGGUCGUCAUGUGGUAGAUACCCCAUUCUAUACUUCGCCAUAUAUUGACAUGCAGUUAUCUUUCUUCGAUUGUUUUCUCAAGGGUGAUGACUAUGAUGGUUGGAAGAGUGGCAAACAACCACCAGUACGAUUCAGUGUGCGCAGAGGUAUGGCGCCAAUGGGGACGCUCAAUGAGUCCGAAGUGUUCCCCUGGCGUGAUGAGCGGGAAUGGCCUCCUGCCCAGACGAGAUACGAGAAAUUCUACUUGCACGCUGAUCAGUCUCUCGGCACAUGCAAACCUUCGUCUGAGGGCACACUAUCAUAUCAAGGCCUGACUGGCGAUGGGUUCAAGUUUGCGACUGUGCCAGCGAACGAGGAGUACGAGAUCUGCGGUCAUCCGAGCACGCGACUAUCGAUUAGUUUAUCUGGCCAUCAAGGCAAGGCCGAGGCUGAUAUUGAUGUCUACGUUGCUCUUCGCAAGCUUGACAAGAGCGGCAAGGAGCAAUGGUUUGCCAGCAGCAUCGGCACGCCUACUCCUGUCACAUUCGGAUGGAUUCGUGCUUCACACCGCACCCUGAACCCUAAACCAUAUCCUGAGCUGGCUGAAGGCGCGCUCUCAUUCCCCGUGCUCAGCCACAAGAGAGGUGACAAGAAGGACGUCAAGAAUGGAGAAAUCUAUCAGCUAGAUUUCGAACUCUGGCCGACUGAUCUGGUCGUCGAGAAAGGCGAAACGCUCAUCUUCGAAGUGACAGCCAAAGACCCUGAAGGCGUCGCUUGGUUCGGAGCUAACGAAGCUGCUGAUCGGUAA